GAAAAGAUCUGAAGCCUGGAAGAUUGCUUGAUAAUUAUUGAAAAACAAAUAAAUUUGGUAAAAACAGAGCUGAUUGUAAAAAAAGCUGAAGAUAACGAUGAUGACGAUAGUAAAAGGACAAGCCAAGAAGUAAGAGAAACUUCAUUGAUCAUGUCAGCCAAUAUUUUCAGUUGAUAAUCAUGAUGAUCAUGGUUUGUGGUAACUCUAUCCAUACCAAUUUUCAUUCAACAGUGAUAGUAUCAUUAACUGGCUCCACUUGUAAUUUACAAUCAAUUUGACAUCAGCUCCAUUCAUUUGUUUACAUCAGUCUUUACACUUAACAACUUGACUCUCCUCAAUAAAUCCAAUUUCAACCGUUUCUAUUUUUACCAUUUGUGUUUACCAAUUGUUGACCAACUUAAUUCAAUAAUUAACAGUUAAUUAACUGUUCAAUACACAGUGAUAACAUUUUACUAAGCGAUGCAAGUUUUGAUGACAAUACCACUGAAACUGUGAAUAAAACCAAAACAAUGAGAGACGCGGUUUUGUCUAACAUUUGAAAAAUCGUCCAACCUCAUUGUAUAUCUCUGACUCCAAAUCUCGAUCAUCUGUAGACUCUAAUUACAAUCGUUAUUAUUAGUGUUUAAUUUGCACUCAUCGAGCUAAUUUGCUUUGUAAAUUAGCAAAAAUUUACUCUCAAUUUCUUGGUUUCAAGAAAAUACUGUUUCUCAAGUUUACUAACAAUUCAACUGUUGCAGUGACUUAAUAACAACCUGAUUGACAAUGGAAAUAAUCAAGAAAAUCUUUCAUUCAUCGAGUCCAUCACCUCUUCCCGAAGAGCAGUGUUUUUAUAAAAUUGGUCCCGAUGAUCGUGUCAAGAUAUCAGCCAUUCGAGAGAUUAUAUUAUUUGAAGCCAAAAAUGAUCCAAAAUCAAUCACCUUGGAGGACGUUGAGCGAAUUGAAAAUGAUGACAUUUUCAUUUUCCGAUUUAUAAGUCAACAUGAUGGCCAUUUGGAGGCUGCCUUGAAAACCUUAAGGAAAUCCUUACGAUGGCGGAAAGAGAAUCGGGUUAACCAGUUGAAUAUGUAUUCAGUGUUUAUCCCAAAGGAGGUUGCUAAGGCCAGAGGCUUCCACAGUUAUGUCCGAGAUAAAAAUGGAACACCAACAAUCUAUUCCAGACCAUGUGCUAUACCACCCAGAAAAUUUAAACCUUUAAUCACGGAUUCUGUUAUUUAUUUUGGUGAAUUAGUGUCCAGGAAAGUAUCACAAUAUGGACGUCGGUUUGGCUUCAUAAGCGAUUGCUCUAAUCUUGUUUUCCAUAAAUCCAUGCUGGAUUUUGAGCUGUUUAGAGAAGUGAUUAAGCUAAGAGAUUUGAAUUAUCCAGACUUGUAUGCUUAUGUUGCCUUCUACGAAUUUCCAGUCUCUCUUAAAUGGCUUUUCAAGCUUGUUUCUCCCAUGUUACCUAAAAAGACAAGGGAAAAGAUCAUAUUUAUUGACAAGGAUACAAUAGACGAUUUUAUUGGGUUGGAUAAUGUACCUGACUAUAUGGGUGGAAGGUGUAAAAUGCCAUACCAUUUGGAUCCAGAUUCAUUUCCACCGAUUGAAGAAGCACUGGAAAGUAGAGGAUACACUAAAGAUGAUGUAGAUGAGCUUCGUGAAUUUUUUGCUGAAGAGUUGAAAAAAUUUGAAAGCGAAUUGUCCAAACCAGACUUGAAAUUUAUCAAACUAGAAGAGUUAGAAAAUUAUUUUGACUGAACAAACAUCUGAUCAAGUAAUCAAUGUAAAUACUGCUUAAAAGCAUAACUUACCUUUUGUCGUCCAUGUCCAACCACUCAAUCAGUUAAUUAAAAAUUAUUUACAACACAAGAUUUAAAAGGUAAUAUUUGGUUAAUUUAAUUGGUUACUGGGCAUUCCAAUUCAAAUCAUGUAAAGGUAGAUUUUGCUCGAAGGUACAUUUUUUUACCCAAAACGGUUUGCAUUGACAACCUAAAAAAGGCAACCUUAAAUAUUUCAAUACCAAAUUUAACCCUAAUUCCCAUGAAAUUUCAUUUAUUAUUUCUAACAAUUUUUAAGUAAUGUAUUAUAUUUAAAAUAAAGUUUUACUCAAAAA